AAGCGCCACGUCUCUUUGUAAUCGUGCCUUUUCAUUGAGUCGGGUCGGGUCCCCUUAACGUAUAAAAUUGAGAAUUUUCCCAAUCUUCUCCACUUUUGCCAUUUUUGCGCCGAAGCUUUGCCAUUGAUUUCGCUCACCGUCUCCGUUAACUUCGCCGUCGUCGCCGCAGCCCUACCUGAAGGUUAGUUCACUCUUCCCCGUUCUCAUGACGUCUUCUGAUUCCAAUCCUUCCACCCCCGCUGUCGACCCAACGGCGGUUUGUUUUGAGGAAAUGUACCGUCAAAAUCCCUCCCUCCGCCCCGACGGCUUGAUGGGAGGAAUUGAUCAUUCUAUGGUUCUUAGUGCGGUGCCUCUCCGUACAUCCGUCACCGUGGCAUCGUCGUCUCAGGCGUCGCCCUUGAAAAAGAGGAAGAAGAUACCGAAAGUUGUCCAGGGGAAGAAUCUGAAAUCCCUACCCGUUACCGUGCUGGAAACGGGUCCGAUUACAAAUACGGGUUGUCUUCUGUUGGAUGUUGACUUUGACGAGGCUCUCCGCUUCGUAGGAGACGGUUACGUGGUGCGCCGACCGCAUACCACCAACCAUGUCUUCUCGGUGACCUGUCCCGACGCCGAGGUCGGGGUGCACGUGGCGUCCAUGCGCUACGGCCUUCGCUUCCCUCCUCACGAUUUGAUAGUCCAAUUUCUGAAUUUCUACCGUCUUCUGCCGGGUCAGCUCAGUCCCCACUCCUACUAUUUUUUUUCAAUCUUCCUGAUUACAUGUCACCAGAGGGGAGUCCCCUGGUAUCUGGAUUUGUUCCAUUACAUGUUCAAGGUUUCCAAAGUGGGGGCCCAUGAAGGGAAUUCGUAUGCUGUCAUUUCUUCCCAGGCCGACUGUGGUAUGGCCGUCUUCCCCUCAUCCUUGAAACUUUGGAAAGCCAAGUUUGUCUUCAUUUCUGGCUUUCCUGGGGACCGGCACCCUUUCCAAGCCAGGUUCCCCGACUGUCACGCGUUUAUCCGUCAUCCUCGUCCUGAGGCCACUCCCGAGCUUCUGGCACACGCGCAAAAACUGUUGGAGGAUUGCCGUCCUAAACCACCCCAUGUGUACAAGGUGUGUACGGAGCAGAAUUUAGCGGAGGUGGGGAUCCUUAUUUCCUUCGAGCGUCAGUUUGAGCUAUCCGAAGCCGUGCUUGGGAGUCAUCCGAAGUAUGGGCUUGAGGAGAGCGCCUCGAGGUCGGAAGAUCUAGAAUCGGAGGACAACGGAGAGGAAGAUGACGGGGAGGCCGAAACCGACGAAGAAUCAGGGCAGCCAUCCUACUCCGAGGGGGUUUCUGGUAUGGAGCCUUCUGGAGAUAUGAAUCUGGUGGAUGUUAUCCGCAAGGCCAAGCUGUUGGCCCGCAAUCGCAGUAGAGGAGAAGGGGUCCAACAAAAACCACCGUCCGAGGAUGCAACUGGAUCUGCUGCUUCCAUCCCGAACUUGGAGACGGUUCCGACCACGAACCUCAGAAAGAGGAAAGUUAUCCAAGUCGAGGAUGAAGAUACCGCGUCCGAGCCGGAUACUGUUCCGAGCCAAGGUCCGUUGAGCAAACAUCCGACUGGUCCUCAGGAUGGGAAGCGUCCCACUUCCUUUGACAAGGUUGAUGGGGAUGUAAAUGCCGAGGCCGAGGCCGCAUCCCUGUCCGCGUUGUUGAAGGACGAGGACGAGAUCCUCUCGUCCUUGCAAGGGCUGGUGGAUGGAUUCCACAAAAAGGUAUCGGCGAAACUGAGCUUGAUCAGCAAACGCCGAGCGGGGGCUGAAAUCUCCUCAGGCGUGGAUUUCUUGGCCUCGGUGGAGACGGAGUUGUCUCGCUUAAGGAAAUUGGCGCAAACCGAGCAUGAACAGGCUGUUGAGCUUGAAAUGCAAGCCGUGGCAAAGUCCGAGGAAGUGGUCCGGCUACAGGGCCUUCUGAAAGAGUCCGAGGAAUCGGCCUCCCAAUUGACGGCUUCGAUGGCCGAGCUUGAGGGGCGGUUGCGCCAAUCCGAGGGCCGAAUUUCAGAGCUGGACGUUGAGUUGGCCGAGGCUGUCUCCUCGCAGCGAUCUAUGGAAGCUGAGCGGGAUCAGUCUUUUUCCGAGAGGGAACAAGCUGUUGCCGAGAAGGAGCGUGCCAUCUCUAACUUCCUCCAGUCCCCAUCCUUCAAAGAAGCCUGCCUCGAGAGGAUGGCUGCCUAUUACGAAGAUUGGCUUGGGACCGAGGCCGGUACUGAAAAGAUGGGGGUGGAAGGGACGAAGUGGGAGAUCGGUCCUCUGCCUUCCAAGCAGAAGACCAUCCGCCGCCUUCCUCCUCCUCCGCCGGAGGAUGCCGAAUCUCGUAUAAGCUCAUGGUGGUAUCGUGCAAAGAAGCUGGAAAAGCGGAUUAAACGUCUCCGAAGACUCGUGAGUUAUCUUCACGGAGUUCCUCAACAGGCAGCGUCUCCGGUUGAGCCCGCUCAGCCGGUUGCUGAUGCCAACCCCACGGGUGAUAAUCACCCGGAAGAGUCUGUUGGCUCUUCCUAGAUAUCUCUUCCAUGCCCCUUCUCUGCAUACUUGCCGAUGGAGGUUUGCAGAAUCGGGGGGGCCAUCCACGUCCUUCGGCGCCCGCCCUUUAUUCGUCUAGAAGUCAAUGGGGCCUUAGGACGGGGUGCAUCUACCUACCAAUGGACUUUCGGACCAGGCAAAAAAGGAGAUCCAUUGGG